UUUAGUUGACAAAGCUGUUUCCGAAAUUCAAACUAAAUUCUAAGCAUAGCUAAAUUACAUUUUUUUUUACUUUUUUGGGACAACAUGUCCGCCGUAUUCAGCUGCGAGUUUGAAGUGUUUGGCAAAGUGCAGGGCGUUUACUUUCGCCGGCAUGCGGAGCGCAAGGCCAAAACGUUGGGACUGCGCGGCUGGUGCAUGAACACGGAUAACAAUUCGGUCAAGGGUUAUAUUGAGGGACCGCGCACCGAAAUGAAUGUGAUGAAGGAGUGGCUCAAGACUACGGGCAGUCCCGCCUCGAGCAUACAUCGCGCUGAGUUUUCAGAGGAGCGCGAGAAGCGUGAAUAUGGCUUUAAGAAUUUCGAAAUACGCGAGGAUCCACAAACUGCCAAUUCGCGUAGAUCGAGCAUUGCGCCAGAGAAAACCAACGAGGCGGAUGCGCAACCAAAACAAAGUGAAGAGUAGCGAAUAAAGAGUCCCAAAAAGUAAA